AUGGGGAGAUACUCGGUCAAGCGGUACAAGACGAAGCGGAGAACGAAGGAUCUCGAUCUUAUCUACGAGGAGCUGGCGAACCCGGAGACGAUUCAGAAACUGUUGAACCAGCCUCUCGAUGAGAAUAAACCAGGUCUAGGGCAGCACUACUGUAUACACUGCGCCAAGUACUGCGAGACGGCGAUCGCGCUCAAGACACAUUUGAAGACGAAAGUGCACAAGAGACGUGUCAAAGAACUCAAGGGCGUGCCCUACACCCAGGAUGUUGCGAACGCUGCUGCAGGGCUUGAUUUGAACAAGUUUUUGAACAGAGUCGAACAGAUAAAUGGGAAAGUCGGUGUUGAGAAGGAAAACAACGAGACACAGUUGAAACAGCAUUUGGAAACCACGCUGCAGGAUAUAAAAUCGACGGAACCCACCCUGCCCUUCACGGAACAGGACGUAGAGCAGCAGGUCAUGCAGGAUUAA